GAGAGAGAGAGGUUUGGUUAAAAAAAAUCUGUCAAGAUUGGGAGACAUCUUAAGCCAAAAGUGCUUCGCGUUAAGAGGCAAUGAUUUAGACAAUACAACAACACUGAUAUAUAUAUAUGUGUGUGUGUGGGUGUUUAUCAUCUCUGUCACUAAUCCAUAUAUAUAUAUAUAUAUAUGUGUGUGUGUGUGCACAUGAGUGUGUGUUAGACGAUAGCGAGUAAGGAAGAGGUACAUUGGAAGUGCUGCCUGUUUGAAAGGUUUGUAUUAUAGUAGGCGGAGAAAAGAUGCGAAGCAUGGCUAGCUCCAUCUCCAGCAAGGGCAUAGCUGCCAUUGUAGGCGUUGGUCCGAAGCUCGGCCGAUCUAUCGCUCAUAAGUUCGCGCAUGAAGGCUACACCGUCGCUAUCCUCGCUCGCGACCUCGGGAGAUUGUCGAGAUUCGCGGAGGAGAUAGCGAGGGAAGAGAAGGCGCAAGUGUUUGCAAUUAGAAUCGACUGCUCGGAUUCAAGAAGCGUGAAGGAAGCGUUCGAAGGAGUAUUGUCACUCGGAUUCGUGGAGGUUUUGGUUUACAACGCGUACCAGCCAGUGCCUUGGCGACCUACAAACUUCACCGACAUUCCUCUCGAUUCCUUUUACAAAUCUCUCGCCGUCUCCUCCAUCGGCGCUUUCCUCUGUGCUCAGCAGGUUCUACCAGGAAUGGUGGAGAGAAGAAGAGGGACCAUUCUGUUCACAGGCUGUGCGGCGUCGCUCAACGGCAUAGCUGGUUUCACUGAAUUAUGCUGUGGGAAAUUCGCGCUGAGAGCUCUGUGUCAAUGCCUGGCUAGAGAGUUUCAGCCUCUUGGUGUUCAUGUAGCUCAUGUUAUCAUCGACGGUAUCAUUGGCCCAUCCAGGGGGCUAACAGUGACGCAGAGAGGGUUGGUUGGGGAGCAACAACAGAGCGGAAGGGCAGAAGAAGGGUCCACGAUGAUGGACCCUGACUCACUGGCUCAAACCUACUGGCACCUCCAUGUUCAGGACCGGACCGGUUGGACCCAGGAAAUCGAUCUCCGUCCUUCCCCUUCUCGAUUCUACUAAAUUCCACUCGUUAUAAUUCUUUUCUUUUUUUUUCCUUUUCUAAUUUACCACCCCUUCGUCAUGUCAGUUCAAUCAAUAAUUCGUUAAUGCUACCAUAACAUUUUUAAAAAAAAAAAAAAUCUCCAUUGCUGUGUCAUGAUUUAUGAGAGAUGAGAAUGUGGGGGAAGAGUCAGUCUGCAUGUAUAUGUAAAGUGUGAUCUGAAAGUUCAAUGUUUCUGUCAUGAAUUUCUUAAAUAUAUGUCAUUUGCAGUGUGAUUGUGAAA